AGACUUUACCGCUGCUAUCGUGCGCCAUUUUUAUGUUUUUAUCGCGGCUUUCACUCUGCGAUAGGCCGCCCCGUGCGACAAUUGCAAUCACAUGAAUUGUCGCUCGCAGAGUGUCUCGAGAUAAUAAAUCAACCUUCCCAAAGUUGCUUCAUACCAUCGGAAACACUAGCAGACAAGGGCUUAGUCCUUCCGCUAGUUAGUGUCAAUGAUACGGCUCGCAGUUCUAGCUGUGCUCUGUGCUGGGAUGAUCACAGAUCCCUCAGGUACGCCCACAGUGGUCGCGCCAUAAGUGUGCCAUGGGUGCCACUGUGCAAGAGACGAACUAUUUCAUGGACACCGUGUUGGAGGAACGGAUGCAGAAGUACGCCGAGUUGGACCCGGUGAACGCCCCAGAGCGCUACACGAAACUGGGAAAUUUUAUCCGCAGCGACUGGACAGCGAACAUCAAAGACGUGAAGGUGAUAGGUCUGAGCAAGGUGAACCGGUCCGGCGACUGUGCCGAGGCCAAGACGCUGCCAUCCGGACGCGUGUUAGUGCUGUGCAGUCUUCUCCUCGACAACCUGGCGGUCCAGUUCACGUCCUACCAGCGCUAUCUGGGUGGUCGGCCGGACGUGUUCGGCGUGACGGCCACGUUUUCCCCGACUUUGGCUUCGCUUCACGCCGAGAUCGGGGCUCGCCGCUACCCCGACGUAAAGCUGACCGUGCGCAGCAAGCUCGAGCCGGCGCUAAAGUAUACAAACCUCGGUAACCUAACCGAGAACGGAGCCAUGAAAUUCGGCUACGCAUUCGCCUCUUCGGACAUACUGCAAAGGAAGCUGAAGAAAGACUAUAUCGACUACCUCGCCGAAGCUAUGGUGGGCGUUCCAGUGCCGUACGAGAACAAUCUAUGAAGCACUUCAAGGCGAAACAGAGAGGCGCUCAAUAAAGUUACAUUUUGUUGCGUAUUGAA